GACACCACUGAUGCUUUCACUCAUGAGAUCAGAAUUGGAGAGAAUUUGUAUUACUGACCCAAGACAAGGAGUAGGGCACCAUAGACCAACACAACCUGUGACGACUCAGCCUGGCUGGGGUGUCUAUGACAGGACCACCGUCACAACUAUUGCACAGACUCCAGGGGAUUGGAGCACUAGCCUCUUCAAUGUUUGCAGUGACAAAAAAAUUUGUUUCUGUGGUCUCUUUUGUACCAUGUGUCUUGAGUGUAACAUUGCAAGGCAUUAUGGAGAAUGUUUAUGUUGGCCAUUAUUACCCAACUCCACCCUUGCAUUAAGAGUAGGCACCAGAGAGAGACAUAAAAUACGGGGCACUCUGUGUGAAGACUGGUUGGUUGUGCACUGCUGCUGGCCCUUUUCUGUCUGCCAGAUGGCGCGGGAACUUAAGAUGAAGACAACCCAAAUGGAUAAAGUCUGUGCAGCUCCUUCAACUCAAGUUUUUUGGGCCCCUGGAACUAAAGAGUUAAUUGUUUGAAAGAAAUAUGUUUUUCCUUCUCCCCAAAAAGCAGCAAACAACAACUUAGUGAGUAGAAAAAAAGACCCCAUUUUCUUCAUAAUUAUUAU